AUGUCGGCGGACGACCAGCAGUUCCUGGACGUCAUCCCCGUUACUGACGCCAUCGCCGCUCUCCAGCUGUCCUCGCUGCCCAACCACAUUCGCAAAUACACCGACGACUUCGCCAGCAUCGUCAACCCUCACGUCGAGAAGGCUGCCGAUGCCCUGAAGGAGACGCUCGCAACGGCAGAAUGGGUCCCCGAUGCUCUGCGGCCGCAACCCCCCGUCCACAGCAGCCCGAUCGAAGUGAUAGCCCUCACCCGAUUUGAAAAGGUGACGGAUUGGGUAUCGAAGCACAAGAUCUUGACUGGUGCCUUCGUCGCCGUCAUUGGUGUGGUCUCAUACCAGCAGUACAACAGAAGAUACAACCGCAAGGUACGACGUGCGAAGCGUGCGAGAAAUGGAGGCAGGCAAGAGGUCGUCGUUAUCGCCGGCUCGCCAUCGCUGCCCUUGACGAAGUCGUUAUCUCUGGAUUUCGAGCGUAGAGGCUUUAUCGUCUACAUCGUGUGCAAUGCCGAGGAGGACGAGCACAUGGUGCAGAACCUGAAGAGGCCGGAUAUCCUGCCCCUCACUAUCGACACAACUGAUCCUCCCAGAGCCGGUGCGGCUAUCGACAGCUUCGCCCAGUACCUGCAUUCCCCCCACACUCCCGCGCCCAACACGAAAUCAAACUUCCUCCAGCUCAAAUCCGUCAUCCUCAUCCCCUCCCUAAACUACCAGACCUCGCCGAUUGCGACCAUCCCGCCGUCGAGCUUUGCCGACCUCUUCAACACCCACCUCCUGCACCCCAUCCUCACGAUCCAGGCCUUCUUACCCCUCCUCACGAGCCGCCUGUGCCCCCCGGGCGAGAAGUGGACCCCGCCCAAGGUCCUGGUCUUCACCCCGUCCAUCAUCUCCUCCAUCAACCCGCCCUUCCACGCCCCCGAGGCCACCGUCUCCUCCGCCCUCUCCGCCUUCACCGAGGUCCUGACAGCCGAGCUGCGACCCCUCGGCAUCCCCGUCACCCACGUCCAGCUCGGCACCUUCGACUUCUCCGGCUUCCAGCCCUCCAAGGGCGCCCACCCCUCCCAGCGGGCGCUCAUGGACGGAGGCGCCCCGGGCAUCGAUGCCGAAGCCACCGAGACCCUCAUGUGGCCCGACAACGCGCGCCACGCCUACGGCCGCAACUUCGUCGUCCAGAGCACCUCCGCCAUCUCGGCCGGCCGCAUCCGCGGGCUCAAGGGCAGCAACCUGCGGCACCUGCACAACGCCGUCUUCGACGUGAUCGACGGCUCCAUCACCAGCAGCACCGUGCGCGUCGGCCUCGGCGCCAACGUCUACGGCUUCGUCGGCCGCUGGGUGCCGCGCGGUCUGGUCUCGUGGAUGAUGGGCAUCCGCCGCGUGGACGAGCUGUCCGCGUGGCAGACGAGUUCGUACGACGGCUCGUUGGACGGCAGCGACACCAGCAGCGGCGGCGACAGCCAGGACUUCAUCGCCGUGCCCGAGGACGCGCAGAGCAACGUGUGGAAGUCGGAGCGCACGGCUGUUUAG